GCAGAAUACGCUCUCCCCCUCGUCUUUCUUGUCUUGACAUCGUAAAUUUGAGGCAGGAUCCAAUGGUCUCAGAACCCCCUACGCCUGCAAGGAGCCUCUCGGCAACGAGUGAUCCCAAUACACUGGGCGCCGAUCAGAAGUCGGAUUUGAGCAGCAGGGACGGAUUUCAAGUCGACGUUGAGCGGACAUCCUCGUCGGGGCUGGUGACUGACCCAUAUAACCUGCGCGAAGGCAUAAGGUCGGAUUCACAGUUGGAGGAAAUCCGACGUAGAAAAAAGGGCAAGGCGAUCGUGAAGUAUCAGAAUAAGCAGAAUGAUCUCAUCUCUUAUUUGCUGAAACCUAUGGAAGAGCAUACGACUGAAGCCAAGGAUGAGGAAGAUUCAGCACGACUUUUCGUGAAGAUAGCGGUAUGGGCGAGUCUAAUCUCGAAUCUUGCGCUGUGCAUCAUUCAGAUGUACGCGGCUGCCUCCUCACUCUCUCUGUCACUCUUGGCUACUGGGAUAGAUUCCGUGUUUGACAUUGGCAGCAAUAUUCUUCUGUUCUGGCUACAUCGGAAAGCCGCAAAGCUCGAUAAUAGCAAAUGGCCUGUAGGCGGUGCCCGGCUCGAAAGCAUCGGAAAUGUUGUCUAUGGGUCUCUAAUGGCUUCUGUAAAUCUUAUCGUCGUCGUGGAAGCCGUCCGGUCACUUAUAUCAAAGACAAACGAUGAUUUGAAAGCCUUCCACUUGCCUUCCAUUCUUGCGGUGGCCGCCGCCCUAGGCGUAAAAUUCCUGUUAUUUCUACUAUGCUAUCCGUUCCGCCAGAACUCAAGCCAAGUGCGAGUGCUAUGGGAAGACCACCGUAAUGACUUGUGGAUUAACACCUUCGGUAUUCUCAUGUCUACCGGCGGUAGCAAAUUGAGAUGGUAUCUUGACCCCAUGGGAGCUAUCAUUAUUGGGCUCGGCAUCAUUAUUUCAUGGUCAAGAACGAUAUAUGGGCAAUUCGAGCUGUUGGCUGGGAAAUCGGCUCCGCACGAGUUUCUGCAGUUGUUGAUUUAUAAUUCGAUGACGUUCAACGACGAGAUACAGAAAGUAGAUACUGUUCGGGCGUAUCAUGAUGAGAGUGGACCGGAUUAUUUUGUCGAGAUUGAUAUAGUGAUGGACGCGACGACUCCGUUGUACAAAGCCCAUGACCUUAGUCAACUAUUGCAAGACAAGAUCGAGGAGCUGCCUAAUGUUGAACGGGCUUUUGUGCACGUCGAUUACGAAACGACACAUAGACCGGAACAUCGGAGACAUUCAUGAGGAGAUGAAAUAUCAUAAAUGCGCUAUCCUUUUUCUUCUGCUGGUGUGUUGGAGAGGGCUUAUGAUCUAAAGGUUGGAUAACCUAUUUAUUGAAUAAUGAGCCACCGAGCUGCGCCUGAUAUGAUGUCACCUGGGAACAAUCAUUCCACGAUGAAGCUGGAAAGAAGACUUGGUCAAGACCAAGCACGACGUAAACGAA